GGCCACUCCACGUUUUAAUAUCGCAGUUUGGGCAAGUUGCUUCGCCCAGUAUAUUUAGCUUCUAUUUAUCAAGUAAAAUGGAGAAUAAUGUAGUGUAUACCAACAACGUAAAGAAAAACAUCAUUUACGUUGGUAAUUUGCCCAGGCAGUUGACAGAAUCCCAAAUAAAGCGUUAUUUCUUGCAAUUUGGAGAUGUUUUAAAGAUUCGCUUGAUGAAAUCCAAAAAGACCAAUGGAUCCAGGGGAUACGCUUUUGUUCAGUUUGAAAACAACGAAAUCGCACAAAUAGCCGCAGAUGCAAUGAAUAACUACUUCAUAGACGGCAAGAGCCUCAAAGUUCACGUGAAGGAUGACGAGCAGAUCGUCAAGAAUCUCUUCAAGAAAGGGAAACCCGUGAUGAGUAAAAAGAACAAGAUAAAGCUGCUUGAUAAGGAGAAGCAACUCAAAGAGGCCAAGAUGAAGAGCAAGAUAGAGGAACUCUCAAAUUCGCUAAAGAAUGGCAAAAAACUGGAACUGGACGAAGAUGCCAAAGAGGUCAUUUCAAUGCUAAAAACAAAGCUAGAAAAACUACAAGGCAAAAGGGACAAGUUUGCUACUGAUCUCUACGACGACUCCAUCGCCACCUAUCAAAACGUUCUAGACGCCAUAAAUGCACACAUUGACUCUAAUUAGUGUAAACUUGUGCCGUUGUU